AUGCGUCCCGCUGGAGAAUGUUCCCCGCGUUCACCAUCAGGUUCUUUGGUAACCGGUGUCCAGCGCUUUGCCACCGUUCCCACACCGUCGUCGGACGUUAAUCAUGAUACGAAGCAGUUGGAUUUGCUGAGUAUUGAGAUGGCUGAAAAGAUAUUAAACGAAGACGACCAUGGUAUUAGUGAUGAUAGUGACGACAGUUAUCGCCAACCGUCGCCGUCCAUCGUUGCCAUUACUACUACGGCUACUGCUUCGACUUUUACGGGUAGUAAAUUCUGUGAUAUUUCUCACCAACAAGCGGCUAACGGUCAGACGACGGUCGACUCUUGGGAAGAACUGGUCGACAGGCCCCCUGGUGAUUUGCUGGAUUUUGUACCUUCUGGACAGGUGGAUUCUUCUUUGUCGUCGAGCAGUGUCGUGUUCGAAACGGCUGACAUUGACAACCGACCAGAAAUGAAAGCUGAUGAGGACGAUCUGGGACACAUCCUUGAAGCAUAUAACAUAUCUUCUGAGACAAAAACCGAAGCACUGUACUUGUUGCUCAAGCAGCAGAACUGUCGAAGCUUUACGGUGGAAUGGGUCGACAACACUCAUGCUUUGGUUCGGUUUCAGUCGAUAUCAGCCGUGGAGGGUCAUCUUGGCAUGCGUCCCACUGCCAGGUCGAGAGAACUGCGUAGACAAGAAAAGCUGGUUUUGGAUCAGGCGCGAGAAAAGAGAAAGGCGGCGGCUCUCGUACGGGAAGAACUGUGGGAAGGGAAGAUUUAG